UCUCAAAGCGGCAAAGCCCUUGCACAAACCCUUGUAAUAUAAUACUCUUAUUUUUUCUCACAUUAUCUAUCAUUGUUGACAGAUUUCAUAAUCGAGCACUAAGAAUGGCUAGCGUGAGAAAUCUGAAAAUAAAGACAUCAACUUGCAAACGCCUAGUGAAGGAGCUCAGUUCCUAUGAGAAGGAGGUUGAGAGAGAAGCUGCCAAGACUGCUGAUAUGAAGGACAAAGGCGCCGAUCCUUAUGACCUCAAACAGCAGGAAAAUGUGCUGGCUGAAUCCAGAAUGAUGGUUCCUGAUUGCCGCAAGCGCCUGGAAUCAGCAGCGGAGGACCUUAAAGGGACUCUGGUUGAGUUAGAGGAGACAGACGAAAAAGAAGGCCCUGAAUUUGAAGAAGCUCGAAACAUAAUAGCAGAUGUUGAGAAGUUGUUUGAAUCUUCUGAAGUUUAAAAUAUACAUUGUCUUGUCCAUUACAAUUUGCGACGGUACUGUUAUUACUAGAGAACUCUUCGUGCUGCCUGAUGAGCUUUUGUUGUGCAAUUUUGUGGGUACAUUCUGUGUUAUAUAACACUCACUGGGAUAGAGCUCAUAUAUCAAUUAUCACGUGUUUAUAACUAAA